GGUUGUGGGCUGACGCGCUGCUCCGGGCGGGUGUGUGUGUGUGUUCGUGUCGCCGCUGUCACCAGCACAUGCGAGGGGCUGCAGCGGAGGAGCAAGUCAGCCGCGCUGUCUCUGUGUGUGUGUGUGUGUGAGAGAGAGAGAGAGGCAGAGAGACAGAGAGAGCGUCUACUCCCUCCCUCUACAAAAGGGAAGAAACCCUCUCCGUCGUCCUCGCCUGGUGUUUUUCUCCAGACCAGAACAGCGAGUAAACACCGACCUUCCGCUGGCACAGAAGUUAACAGCCGGACAUUUUAUCAGCAACUUCGAUUCACCUUGCACCGUCGGCUGCGAAUCCCAGAGAGAGGGAGAGAGAACGAGAGCUUUCGUGCUAUUUCCAGACAGCGACCGAUUGAAAUACCACAAGGCCGGUGUGUGUGUGUGUGAGUGAGAGAGGAGUGCGCCGUGCGAGGCUGGAGAGGACUCUCUCUGCCGCUGGAACCUCAUCGUUUGCAAUCAAAUUCUAGGCUCGUCUUUCAAGAUCAUCGCAACACAUCUGAUAAGCGAUCGUGUUUGAAGGGGGGAGGACAAAAAAACCCUCUCUCCACUCCACACACACGCAAGCUCAUCCACUCUCGCUACUCUGCCGAGCGGGGAGAAGAUUCGAAGGGUUUUGCAAUAAAUAAAAAAAGAAAAAGCAAGCAUACGAAGAUAUCAUGGUGAACAACGGGAACUCGCAGACGCCCUCAGCCGGCGUGAACCGCGCGGGUUUGGCCUGGAAGACGUGCGCUGGCUGCGGGGGUAAGAUCGCCGACCGCUUUCUCCUCUACACAAUGGACACCUACUGGCACAGUCGCUGCCUCAAGUGCUCCUGUUGUCACGCUCAACUCGGGGAAAUCGGCACUUCUUGUUACACCAAGAGUGGGAUGAUCCUGUGCCGGAACGAUUACAUCAGAUUGUUUGGGAAUAGCGGAGCGUGCAGUGCGUGCGGCCAAUCGAUCCCAGCCAGCGAGUUGGUCAUGAGAGCACAAGGCAACGUCUAUCAUCUCAAGUGCUUUACCUGUGCCACCUGCCGAAAUCGUCUCGUCCCCGGAGACAGGUUUCAUUAUAUCAACGGCAGUUUGUUUUGUGAACAUGACAGACCAACGUCUCUUAUCAAUGGACAUUUGAAUCCGCUGCAGAGCAAUCCUCUACUAUCUGAUCAGAAGGUUUGCUGAGAUGGCUGGAAGCAAAGCAGAAAGCGUGCCUUCAUCUAUUCAAUCUGGCUCAUGGCAAGUGGACCCCACUGCGUUCCAGUAGGCAGUCAUGUUUUUUGGCUGGUUUCAAACGGCAGGUACACGACAACAUCGCACUCUUGUAUCCCUCCUCGCUAGUUCGAUCUCACCCAACUCUUCUCGCAUUCAAAAUGACUUGAGGACACCAGACUAAGGAAUCUGAACUCCUGGGGGGGGGGGGGGGGGG